UUCUGCCAGCUCUGGCACCAUAGGAAAUCUCCCCCAGCUGUGGCACUUCCUCUCACCCUCCUAGGCCUGGCAAGGUGGUGAGGAUGGUGCACUGGGGGCUCAAGACACCUGCCUAGGAUGGACACCCAAGGCCAGACUGGCAGAACUGCCCUCCAGUCAGUGCCCCACACCGGGGUGGGGUUGGCAGAAAGGCACAGGAAGCACUCUGUAGAAAGAGGAACCAGGCAGGGUGAGGAGAAGGGGGCCCCAGGUCACGAGGCCCCAGCGGGGCCGGAAAGGGCUCUCCUCCACCCUCAUGAGUACAGACACAGCAAGGGGUAUUCAAAGCUGGAGGACAAACCCAAGUGACAUAGGGGCCACUGCAGCCCUACCUUGGUUCUCUUCUGCGUGCAUCUGGGCACCUCGGGCCCAGGGGUGUGCACUAGGGCCAGGAUCCUCUAGUGCCUGGGGUACGGAAGGUAAGGCCCUGAGGGGUGACAGACAGUCCAGCAUGUGCCAGCGGGGGGCGGGGCCAUGAGGCCCGCGCGCGCUCGGAGAUCCCCGCCUGCCCGCCUGCCGGUUUCCUCCGGGGUCAGCCCGGCUCCUUAUCAGGCGCGGCCAGGCCCUUAUCUGCACUAGCCCAGCAUCCUCUGGCCACUGCGCCAGGGGUGAGAGGGAGGAAACCAGGCCGCCAGGGGCGGGGAGAGGGCGGGCGGCCCAGAGCUGCACACUUUCCCUGGAGGGACCUACGCUGUUACCGCCGCGGUGGCCCUUGGGAGCCGAAGAAGAGAGGCGGCCCCAUGCCACGGCUCAGACAGGGCGGCCAGCUGCCAGCGGUAAGGAGCUCAGAGGCCGGAGCGGGGUGGCGGCGCCUGCCUGAAGCCGUAACCGCAUCCUGGCCCUGAAGGACCGAAUCAGGGCCCAUCAGCAGGCAGCCGGACCGGUGCUGGGGCUCCAGGUGAGAGAGGAUUCUGGAAAAAGGGAAUUUGCUCAGGGGCUCCACAGCUGAAGCCUCACCAACAGCUCAGAAGCACUACUGCUGAGCUCAGCGCUGCCCGGCACCUCCUGCCCUUGAGUUGGACCCCCUCUCAUGUCCUGGUGAGCUCCUCCUUGGGGUCCAUGUGCCCGCCCGAGGCCCAGGCAGAGGUGGGCCCCACCAUGACGGAGAAGGCCAAGAUGGUGUGUGCCCCCAGCCCAGUGCCUGCCCCACCCCCCAAGCCUGCCUCACCGGGGCCCCCAAAGGCAGAGGAGGUGGGCCACAGAGGCUCCUCACCACCCAGGCUGCCCCCUGGUGUGCCAGUGAUCAGCCUGGGCCACACCAGGCCCCCAGGGGCAGCCAUGGCCAGCACGGAACUAAGUGCCCUCCGUCCCCCGCUGCUGCAACUCUCCACCCUGGGAACUACCCCGCCCCCGCUGGCCCUGCAUUACCACCCUCACCCCUUCCUCAACAGCCUCUACAUUGGGCCAGCAGGACCUUUCAGCAUCUUUCCUAGCAGCCGUUUGAAGCGGAGACCAAGCCAUUGUGAGCUGGAGCUGGCCGAGGGGCACCAACCCCACAAGGUAGCCCGGCGCGUGUUCACCAACAGCCGGGAGCGCUGGCGGCAGCAGAACGUGAACGGUGCUUUCGCCGAGCUCAGGAAGCUGCUGCCAACGCACCCGCCCGACCGGAAGCUGAGCAAGAACGAGGUGCUCCGCCUUGCCAUGAAAUACAUUGGCUUCCUGGUGCGGCUGCUACGCGACCAGGCGGCAGCUCUGGCCGCAGGCUCCGCCCCGCCGGGGCCCCGCAAACGGCCCGCGCACCGAGGGCUGGACGACGGUGCCCGCCGCGGGCUGUGUCACGGGGCCGAGGUGGUGGCACGCCCGCAGCCUGCGCCGGUGACCGGCCCCAACGGCAGCCCCGGUGGUGCUGCCCGGCCCAUCAAGACAGAGCAAGCGGCUGUGAGCCCGGAGGUUCGGUGAUGUCCACGGUGUUGCCUCUGAGCCGAGAGGCACAGGGAACUAAGCCCAGGGGCGUCCAGGAAAGGGCGGGCCAUGCGCAACACCUGCUCUGGAGCGAACUCUCCCAAAGAGGGACAAUCGAGGACGUCCCCUUCAGGGGAAAGGGCCUGGGGGUCUGUAAGGGCGACGUCGCCCCCAGGGGCCCUGCAGACCCUUUUAUCACCCACCGCCCGCUAGAAGUCCGCGUCCCCUUCCCGGGGGCGAGGUCCGGGAACGAACAUAUCAGAGCUGUCAUCGGACCCAAGCGGUGCCUCAUUUUUCCGCUCUGUGGGGGUCACCGAAUGAAGUGGGGAGAGGCCGGAGAACCUUCUUUCUCACCUGCGCCCCCUCAUGGAGUUUCAGAGAUAACUCGCUCCUCGACGGUGUCCGCGGCCUGCCUGGCUGGAAAAAGAGGCGCAGAAUCCACGCGGUGGCCCCAACCCACCGAUCCCAAACAAGUCCCGCACGAUCGCGUUAGCGAAGGCUCA